CCAAAAAUGCAGUGGGAUACCUGCUCAGCAGGCUGCUGCCCCGGCCUGGAGCCCUGGGCUCACUUCGCAGCCUGCUGCUGACUUUCACUCCACAGCCCUGCUCGGUGUCCGCAGGGUUUCGCCCCCUUGCCCAAGUCUGCGGACAGAUCUCUGCCCAGGCACGUUAACGUGGGCUGAUAGGCUACAGCCCCAAAGCAUCCACUUGCGCCUCCAGUUUACCUGCCCAACCCCCACCAAAGGACGUGCCCCUUUGGUAGUAUCGGGGCUCCCAGCCCGAAGCUGGGGGGUAGGGCGCUCCCUACCCCCUCCUCCCCAUCCCCGCCGCGCUCGGGGUUUUACUGCAGCAGCCGGAGGUGACAGCGACGCCUAAGCCUCCCCGGUUGCUCUCAGAGCCCCAGCUUCCCCAGCAUCCAGAAAGCGCCCUCUCCUGAAAGGCUGAUCCGGGGAGAAGUACCAGCCAGCCGCAGAGAAACACAUUUAAAAAUGUAGAAGUCGCUGGGCUGCAUUCCUCCGAGGACGAGCCUGAUCGCCCAGGACUGAGUGGUAGUGCGUGGGAAGUUGGGACCGUAGAGCAAAGGGGGAGGGGAGUGGUGCAGUCGGCAUUCUCUUCUGGAAGGAGUCACUGGAGCAGUGCAGUUGGACACAAGUUUUCGUGGGAGUGUUUUCCUUUUGUGAAUAAUUAAUCGCCGUGAUCAGUCUGGCAGAAUUGAAGUUUUGGCAAUAGUGCGGACCGCGGGCCAAAUACCCAACUCUGACAAGCUCCGAGGCUGCCAGCGCAGGGGGAGCUCGCAGCCUCUGGAGAGGCGCCAAAGCGUUGGUGCUCACCUAAGCUGCAGAGAGAUACACCCAGCCAGGAGAUAUUUACUGCACAUCUACCCUUCACCAGGACAAUUCUAGGCCCUGGAUGAAGAAACAGCCACUCAGAGAGGAGAAGUAACCCAGGAUAAUUCUGUGGAAGAGCAAAGACAAGAAUUCAAACCUGGACCCUCCUAGGCAGGACAGACUUUCUGCAGCUUGAAGGAGCCAACGAUGGAUUUCAAGCGUGUGAAAGACUAUUUCUCCUGGCUCUACUAUCAAUACCAAAUCAUCAGCUGCUGUGCUGUCUUGGAGCCCUGGGAGCAAUCCAUGUUCAAUACCAUCUUACUAACCAUUUUUGCUAUGGUGGUGUAUACUGCCUAUGUUUUUAUUCCAAUCCACAUCCGCCUGGCUUGGGAAUUUUUCUCCAAAAUGUGUGGUUACCACAGUUCACUUUCUAAUUGAUCCUGUUUGCAUUCUCUGAAUUGGCAUUCACAUGUUUAUGCUGCUUACAAUUUUUUGUUCUAGCUGAAUACUGUGUCCUUUUUCACUAUCUGACCUAAAAGGCUCUCACUUCUCUAUGCACCCUCAUAUCCUGCCUGAAAUUUGAGAUAGCUGCUUCUUUCCGUUCUUUUGUACACAUUACGUUGUGCAUCAGACCAUAGAUAAUACAAUGGCCUUACCUCACAUACCAUAUUUUCUCAACUUAAAUAAAUUUUCUUUGAAUCAGGAAGUUUCAUAUAAAAUUUUUGUGGAAAGUAGGCUUAUAAGAGACCUACCAGAAUCAUGUUUAAAAUGCUCCCCUGAUACCUAUUCUAUACUAAAGAAUAUAUUUUUAAAAAUCUGUUCAUAGGCUACUGUCAAAAGUGUCAUACCCUUGUUUACAAUAUAAAGAUGUGAAUAAAUUAUAUGGGCCCCCUAAAGUAUUGUUUUUUACUAAACUACUGAUACCUAAAAUUCUUUUACUUCAAGUGCAACAGAAGAGGCUGGAGGCAAUUACCUCCUUUCAGACAUGGUUCCUGAAUUGUUUCAAAUGCCUCUAAAUGUCUGGCUUUAUAACAAUUUAAAAUCAACAAUGUUGAUUUUAGAUAAUCCAGUAAGUAUUAUACUACAAAAUAAUUUUAAGUAUAGGAAACAAAAAAAUAUAAUCAAAGUACAUUCAGAUGUGGUAACUCGUGAUGUUGUCUUACCUUGCUUGACGCUGGGAGGGGAAAGAAAAAAGAAAUUGCUUUUUUUCUGUACUUUCACUCAGCGAAGGGGUAGCAUCCAUUGGGCUACAGGAAGAAAAGCUAAUAAAUAGGCUGGAAGUAAUAUUCUAACAGCAAGAACCCAACAGCUCCAGUUGAAUGUUUUGAUAUAGUGGCUCCUUUGUAGAGCAAAAAUGAGAUUUAUUAAAUUUCCUUCAAAGUGUUUAUUUUAAAAACAUUAUAAGUUUUUAAUUAUGCUGCUGAAUCGUAUGUGAAUGCCAAAGAUCAAGCAUUAUAGUUUUUCUUUCUUCUCAAUAAAUAUUAAUGUUAAUAAUACUGGAGGGUAAAUAUGUAAAUAGUUUUUGGACAAUAUUUGCACCUUUGUUUGUGUUAUGAAAAAAGAAUUUCCAAAAAGAGUUGGAGAGAAAGAUGUUUGGCAUGCCAAAUUAACUUGCAUGUUUGCCAAAAUAAAAAAAAUACA